AUAAAAUCGAUGAACAAUGCACAACAAACAAAACGCAUGCUCAAAGGCUCAAAUUGAUUCAUUUUCUUCAUGUCCAAAUAUACUCUAAACCUACUUCGAAUCUUAUUUUCGUAGUAUUUAAGGGAAUUGAAUCAGAUGUGAAAAUAAACUAGCAAAUAAAAGUAAAAUGGAGUUGCAAAUCCAAGACGUAAAUCCUAAACCAAUGUCGGAAGGUUUUCCGAAAAAACCUCUGGAUAAUCUGGAGACCCUAAUGACGUCCAGUACAGUUUCGAGCUUAUCUUCACCCGUAGAUUCGGGUGUGCAAAUGGACAGUGAAAGCGAACUAACAUCAGUAAUGUCAGUAAGUGGCUUCACCAGUGAAAUUUACAGUGAAAAGUUCGACGAAACCGACGAAGUAUUAAGAAUUUUCGAGGAAAAAUGCGAUGUCAAGAAGCCACUUAUCGAAGAAGUUAAAUCCAUGACAAAAAGCGAUAUUAUCAAUCAGAAUAUAAGCGAAGAAUACAAGAAACUCUCUGCAUCCGUACCCAACUACUUCGACAGCAUGAAAUACGAAGUAACGUCUUCAUCGCCUAUGUUACAGCACAAAAGUUUAAGCGACGAUGUAUUUGAGAUGGAGCAUCCUAUAAAAACCGCAGAGAAUACUGAUAUUAUGAACGUAUCCUUAACCAGCUACGAAUUACUCGACUAUACUCUUCAGAAUAAAAGUUUGUUGGUUGAAAAUAAUGAUAUGCACGUCAGCCUUUCGGAAGAGGUUAAUGAAAAUUUGAGGCUCUCACUGAAUCAACCGGAACCUGUUCCACCCGUUCAAGCGGUUUCUGAAGAAAUUCCUGUGAACGCCAAACAAUGCGAGGAACAAAUCGUGUUUCGACGACAAAGAAAGAAGAAAUCUAAAUCUGACACACCCAAGAAGAGGGUCUCAUUCCACGAGGACAUCCUCAACAGCACUAAAAUAGAUGAUAUUCAUAUAAACCACGGGUUUAUUACCCACGAACCCGAGGUAUCGCUUAGUUUCUUUCAACGGGGUUUCAUAAGAAAGCCUGAUGUAGUCAAAGGUCGAUACAGCUGGGCAGCCGAAGGAGACGCUCCCUAUUAUGAAAAACCCAAAGAACGCGAGGUGAAAUCGGACAUAUACGUUAAUCGCAACAAACACUCAUCCACCUCGUCGAGCUCAACUGGCAGCUCGAGUUCCAUAGACGAAGAAGAUUCCGAUGAAACUUUCGUCAAGAAAGAACCGAGCUUCAAGUCCAAACCGAAAUCGAGCUGCUUGAAGAAGACCAAGCACACUAAAAAGUACAUCGACACGAACAUUGUCGAGGAAGACAUCGGAAUAAAAAAGAGAAAGUCCGAUAGCAAUCUGUUGGAUACGAAUAUAUUUGGCAGUUUAAAGAAUAUCUUGAAUUUCUCCACGUCGGUGCCUUUAGCUGAGAGAGGCGUUUCUGAAGGUCAGGAAGAUCUCACCGUGUAUGCAUCUUCCCGAGAACCCAUCAGACGACCUUUCGGUGAUUUGAAACUCAGAUGCUUCGAAACGAUUGAAAUCCCAACGCCUGCCGUAAAUAAACUUAACCAGGCUAAGAAUAAUUUAAAGCUAACCAGAAACGAGGGAUUUUAUCCGAGUUACCCUGUAGAACAAAAUUUGCCAGGAAAUAUUAUAUUAUGUGACAGUAACGUAUACGAACACAAAGGCAUCAGUUACUCGUACGAAUACGACAAGUUCCAGAAAUCGUUCGAACAACAAAAACCAAAAAGCUCCACCGUCUACCAAAUGAUCCUCAAAGAACUGAACUUCUUCAGGAGGAAGGCCAGAGAAGAACAAACCGAUCCGGAAGAGGAUUUCGAAAUCAUACAAACCACUCCGACGAAGUCUGAGGAUUCUGAGGAUAUCGAAAACGUCGAUGAGCCCGAAAUUGCCGAAGCCAAAUCCGAGACGGGCGUUUUGAACACAUUCUCCACCAUCAGCAAGAUGGAUUGGUCGGACAAUGAAACUCUAUCGGAUCUCGCAGAGCCGCAAAAUCCGAAACAUUUGAGUUCGCCCAAGAGAAAAGUGAAUAAAUCAAACCACUAUUCCAUAUGCAAUUCGUUCAAAGCCUCGUCGGAAAGGUUUGACGAGCUGAUGGUAUCUAAGUCGUUGCCCACAAUGAGACAAUCCAGUUCGAAAACGUCGUUGAUUAAUAGAUUUUUGAAAAAUGUGACCGUUAAGAAAUUGCUGGACAUAAAAGCGCAAAAUUAUCGUAAAACAUCAAGGAGGGACGUCGAUCUUUACAUUAAAGGAGUUAGGGAUGUUCCUACCAGCGAAGAAAUUGAUAGAGAACUAGAAAAUGAAAUUAUAUCGGGAAGAAAGAAAAUAACUAAUUAUAUGGACGGGUUAGACAAGCGCGUGCUGACGCAAUUUAGGAAGGAUAUUUUCACGAAUAAAUUGGAAAAAUUGCAAAGGUUAUAUAACGUAAGAAGUGCUUACACAACAGCGGGAGAAUCAAAACCGCUUCUACUCAUAUUAACGGACACAACUUUAUACAUCACUAGUUCAAAAUCGAACGUUGGUACUUACAAGAAUCAUUUCGUUCUUCCCUAUAAAUCACUCGAUACCGUACUGAUUGGCCCUCAAAGUCAAACUAUACAUUUCUCUAAUUACGAUAAAGACAUGCAAUGCAUGAUUAGUACAGGAUGUUCCGUUUUAACAGGCGAUUUGGUGGGUCAGUUAGAAUUCGCUAUAAGGAAAGAUAAGAAAAGACCGACGUUACCAGCCGUAAAGCAGUUGUCUAUGAGAGACAUGGUCAUGUUGAGGAGGGAAAUUUGCAAGCAAACCUCCGUUCAUAAGGAAGAAGAGUAUUAUUACUACAGUAUUGUUAACGUUCAGGAUUGCACGUUGGACGUGCAAUCUACUCCAUUAGGCCCGAAGAAAGAAGGUCCUCUUAUGUUCAAAACUCCGGAAACCGAAUCGUCUAGAUGGGAAACUGCGUAUUUCAUAUUGAAGGCCGGUGUACUGUAUAUGUUAUCAUCGCCGUCACAGAGAGUUCCAAUGAGGGUAUUCCCUUUGAUAAAUGGAGCGUGUCAGGGCGCCCGAAGAGUCGUAAACAGCGCAAGACCGCACACUUUUCAACUGAUCAUUGAAGGAAAAAGUCUGCUUUUGGCAGCUCCGAACGAAUACGUCGCCAGUGAAUGGUUGCAAGAAUUGGUACGCGCUGCUAGCGGAAUGUACAACAGUUACAAAGAAAAAAUUCCGACUCAGUCGUGUUCCUUGAUGAUCACCAGCGAACACGUUCUGACUGUCAGAGAAGCGUUUCCUGCUAUUUUGAACGGUCCGUCGAUUUCCUGCGAUCAACAAAAUGCUGUCAAAAGCGCUCAGGCCUUGUCUUGUGCCUCGAUUGUCGAUUUAAUGGCGUUCAGGUUACCUUCAACCGAACAAAGCUGGUGUUUGUUGGAAUUUGCUUGCCGGGAAGUACAUGAAUACAGCGGCGAUUGGAUAUUGUAUUUCGCGUCAAACGCGGAAUUGGAAAAAUUCAUUUCUACUUUGGAAAAUCUUUGGCAUUACAACAACGAGAGGGGCGAAUGUUUUCCUCUCAGUACUAUUCCCGAAACUGAUCCAUUGAGUAAAAAAUGCGUCGACGUGUACACUUCUCUUAUUGGUAAUUGGCCGACUGAUUCUAGUCCAGUUUUGCUACAAUUUCUGUAAAAUUUUAUCGCUCUUCUUAGAUAUUUUACUGCCUGCGUUACAUAGUAACUGUUCUCAUUUUUUUCGAAUCGUGAUAUUUUAGGCUAAUUAGUUGAAUUGCUAUUAUUUUUGUUAUUGUUGCUUAACGUUUGAAUCAUAAAAUUUUAUUUUAUUUUAUUUAAAACGUGUUAAGCUUAAAUGUGUCGUUACACUGUUUAUUUGUAAAUAUGUAGUAUUUAUAAUCGAGUUUAUCGGUAGAAGGUAGAACGUUUUGAAAAUUGUUUUCAAUUUUAUGAACCUCAAGGUGAUAUGAUAUAAUACUGACAAAAUAUGGCAUAAAAUGUAGUACGGGAUUGAGUAGAAAUAUUAACAUUGAAUUAUUUAAAGUGGGAUUGUUACCAGUAUUUUUUAUUUAGUUUUCAUGGCGUAAAAUUGUAUCUUUGAAUAUUGUCAGUAUUUUUUAACCAUAUUGUAGUUAUGGUGUGAUUCUAUUAGACUUCUCAAAUUUACUUUCCAGUAUAUAUUUUUCUUUUUAUUGUAUUUAUUAUUAAAAUAUAUCUCUAGAAACAGUUAAGAAUCACACCGUGUAUUUACGUUUCAUCUCAU